AGAAAAAGAAGAGCUGCAGCCUGCAGUCGGCCGGUUCUCGCCACCUCUCGCACCUCCACUGAGCGCACCAGCCGCCCCCAUCCUCCUCUCCCUCCCCCGGCGCAGGCUGAGCACGCGGAUCUCUCGGGCAGCGGAGGCAAGGCGCGGCGGCGGCGGCGGCCCUCGAAGCGGCGCCCCCGGGUGGGGCCUCGCAGGCGGCGGGGAGGGAGGCGGAGGCGGAGAUGAGCCGGGGGCGGUCGCCGGAGCCAUUGGAUUUCUUCAUCUGGACUGUGCAGGAUGUGGGUUUAUGGUUGGAGGAAAUAAAUCUCGGAAGCUAUCGCCAGUCAUUUGAAGAAAAUGGUGUGAAUGGAGAGUAUCUAGAAAGCCUGUCGAUGUUCACCACAGAGCAGAUUCUUCGAUUCAUAAGACGGUGUCAUAUGAAAUGGGGAGAUUUUAUUACGCUCUGUAAAGAGUUGAGGCGCAUCAAAGUCGCCUGCCUGAAAGGGGAACAGGAAGUCCGCAGGCCGUGGUGGGCGCCAUCAUGCCUGUCAGCUGUGUUCGUGCGGGUGGCCAAGCGCAACCGGCAGUCCCGCGUCGUCUCCCUGAAGCUUGAAGCCUAGCAGGCUUGCCAUCACCCGCCCCUGCAGCAGAGCCCCGUGCACCGCCACCGGUGCACUCCAGGGCGCCUCUCUCACUCUGUACCAUACAGCACUAGGUCUCGGCGGUCCUGGAACCUGUUCUUUGCCUUAGAAUUAUCAUCCUGCUGGAUGACCAGAGCCAUCGAGCUCGAUGACCAGUGCGUGUGUCGUGAAUUUGCUUCUUUCCCAUAUAUAUACACACAUAGGGUUGUGGAUGGAUUGUUUUGGAGAUGGUAAGAUGAUGUAGACGGAGAACAUGCCUGCGUGCAUUACAUCCGGCUUUCGCGUGCUGUGCAGAUAGUCGCUUUGUAAAAGUGUCUGAAAGUAUCGGGUGUCUCGUCUCCUCCA